UUACAUUUUCCUCUCAAUUUUCCUAGAAACCUUUUUUUUUUUUUUUUUCAUUUUCAUCCGAUUUCAUAUCUCAGUAUUGUUCUCUCUUCUUCUUCUUCUUCAUUAUUUUUCCUGUUUCUGAAAAAAAUGGUUUCUUUUUCUUUUUGUGGUUUUUAAUUUAUCUUUUGUUUCCUUUAUUUCUCUCUUUGCGUGUGUGAGAUUGUUCUCCUCCCUCAUUACCUUUUGCCGGUUGGUGAUUUUUUCGUAUAUGUGAAUCUUUGCUUCUUCAACCUCACUGCUAUCAGCACUUUAGUUCUUACAUCAUCAAAGGAGUUGAAAGGUCGGGUUUGUCCAUCAGUUGAGUGGUGUAUAAACUAUAGAUCGACCUUGAGGAUGGAUCAGAGAAGAUAUGAUGAGGCAGAGUUUGAUGAAUUUGAGAAGCUUCUUCUAGAGAUUCCCAAAGUUACUUCAGGAAACGACUACAACAGCCCUUUCCCUCCUCUAUGUUAUAGCUCAAGCAGAUCAUCGCCAAACCUUCAUCUUCCCGGUGACCACGCAUUCACAUCUUCCCUUGCUGAAUCAAACUUAAACUUUGGAAUCUCAAAUCAAACUCCGGAGAACCCCAACCUUAUGUCCAUUCCUUCUUACCACUCUCCACCUUGUGUAUAUGCAGACAAGUUUGAUUCAAGAAAACAACUCGAUUCUCAAAUGCGUAGGAACCUUCAGCACCUUGGUUGCUUUUCAAAUAUCUCACCUCCUCAGCCGCAGCAUUACAACAUGCCAUCCUCUCUGUCUCAUCAGCCGCAUAUCAACUGGAGGAAUGUUGAAGAAGAGAGGUUUAAUCUCCAAGAAGAACAGUGCCUCUAUCGCCGACCUCAACAGUCUAACAGAAACUUGUUUUGUAAUGGAGAAGAUGGUGAUGAAUUUGUGAGGAGUUUAAGUAACAAGAUGUACUAUCCGGAGAAGCUUCUAGUGAGAUCACCGCUCGGUGUGAACACAGCUAAAGUCAUCAAGUACGGUCUCGGAGAAGAAGACUCACAAAACAGAAGACUUCGGUUACAGAACCAUCAUCAACUCGAUGAAGCAGAUCUCUCAACCAGCCUCAACAGUCUAACGCUGCAGCCUCCAAAGUACUACUACUCUCUAGCAGAGGCAAGAGGGAAGUUCUAUUACAUGGCGAAAGACCAGCACGGUUGCCGCUUCCUUCAGAGGAAGUUUGCUGAGGGAGAUGGGAACCAUAUCGAAACGAUCUUUAACGAGAUCAUUGACUAUAUCAGCGAGCUUAUGGUUGAUCCUUUUGCUAACUAUCUAGUUCAGAAGCUGCUCGAAGUGUGCAACGAUGAUCAGAGGAUGCAGAUUGUUUGUUCCAUAGCUAGAAAGCCAGGAUUGCUUAUCAAAAUCUCUUGUGAUAUGCACGGGACUAGAGUUGUUCAAAAGAUUGUUGAAACGGUUAAGAGACAAGAGGAGAUUUCAAUCUUCAUCUCUGCUUUGAGGCAUGGCAUUGUGGCUCUGAUGAAGAAUGUGAACGGUAACCACGUUGUUCAACGGUGCUUGCAUCAUCUGUUACCUCACUGCAAGAAGUUUCUUUUUGGAGCUGCGAUGACUCAUUGUGUUGAGCUUGCAACUGAUAGACAUGGAUGUUGUGUGCUUCAGAAAUGUAUUGGCUAUUUCGUAGGAGAACAAAAAGAUCGCUUAGUCUCUGAGAUUGCCUCCAAUGCUCUGCUCCUCUCUCAAGACCCUUUUGGGAACUACGCUCUUCAAUAUGUAUUUGAGCUACACCUUGAAUGGGCUGUCAACGAAAUCCUUGAGCAACUAGAAGGGAACUACACCGAGUUAUCGAUGCAGAAAUGUAGCAGCAAUGUGGUUGAGAAGUGUCUGACACUAGCUGAUGACAAACAUCAAGCUCGCAUCAUCAGAGAGCUCGUAACCGAUGGUCGUCUUGAUCAAGUUAUGUUGGAUCCUUACGGAAACUAUGUCAUUCAAGCAGCUCUUAAGCAAUCCAAGGGGGUUCUACAUGGACUUUUGGUUGAUGCCAUUAAAGUUUUUAUCUCAUCUCUUCGUACCAAUCCUUACGGUAAAAAAGUCCUCUCUGCACUUAACUCGAAGAAGUAAAUCAGCAGAUUUGUACCAAAUGUGUUGGCCUGUGUUGUUGGUAAAGUUACCUUGUAAAUGUAAUGUGUAAUAAGAGUAGAAUUCGCAUGUUUUUGGUUUAAAAGAUCCAAAGAGACAAAAGAUUCAAAAGAA